AUGCUUGCAGUGAUCGUGGAGCCUGCGAAUGACCCGCAUUUCUUGAUCGUAGUGGCGGACUUCCGAGCUUUUGAAGCCGAGAUCGCACACAGAACACAGUUCUUCCCCUCGCUGCUAUUUCGAAUCUCACACAACACACAGUCGCCAGCAACGAGUCCUCCAGAUACAGUGCUCGUCUCGAACAACAGCAUAUCUUCCGACCGCCUGCUGCACUACACCUACCACAAGACACCCCCUACACUACUACAGUCAAACAGCCGCGCAACGAUGAAUACCGGCCACUACCCAAGCUUCAUCCAGAUCUCCUGCUUCAACAGCGACCGCAAGCCUGUCGAUCUCCGUCCCAACGAGCCAGUAGAGCAGCUCGUGAGAGCAUACCAUCUCAUCGACACUCUCGUUAAGGCCCAGGCACCGUUCUACCAUGGCGGCCAUACCCUCAACCCCAUCUUCAUCAAUGGCUAUGUCCAUAUCCCGGCAGCAAGCUACAUCUUCGACUGCAUCCAGACCCGAGUCCCCGGCCGUCCCAGCAUCGAAGAGCUGAAGUUCUGCAUGCGCGAUAUCAACGCGCCUCCCACCCUCGACGCUAUUACCGGCCUGCACGCCACCCUCUGGGCUGUCGGUAUCCGCCAGACCUACAUCAACACCGACAUCUACUGGUGGCUGUUGCAGUACGCGAAGCGCCCGCUCUCUCUCGCCGAGUUCUCGAUGAUCGCAUACCGCUGCCACCUCGAUGGCAAGUUGGUUCAGCACAUGAUGGAGAACCAAGCGCAUAUCGCGCUGGACGACAAGCUUCCCGACAUCAUUCCGAUCGCCGACUGGUGCUUCGCGUCUGGUCUGUCGAUUCAGCUGCAGAAGUCAGGGCUGAAGGCUGGGGCGAAGAGGGCGAAGGACAGGGCGCGCCUUGCUAAGGAGGCAGAGGGGAAGUCUAUGCGGCAUGGCGGUAAGCCAUCGAAGGUGAAGAGAACAGAGGAGAGGCAGAAGCGCUUCUGGCCAGCACUUGGCGAGUCUUGA